ACCUGUAGCUGCUGGUAGAGUCUCUUUAUUUGUGUACACAAUGGCUCCUGCUUCUCUGCUUUUCUUUUGCUUGGCUACCAUGGGAUAUCUUAUUGAAGCUGCACCAGUGGAAUCCCAUAGUUCUUCUGAUUCAAAGUGUCCUCUGAUGGUGAAAGUCCUUGAUGCAGUUCGAGGAACUCCAGCUACCAGCCUCCCAGUAAAAGUAUUCAAAAAGGGUGAAGAUGGGACUUGGAAGGAGUUUUCCAGUGGGAAAACAAAUGAAUUUGGAGAAAUCCAUGAACUUACAACUGAUGAAUUGUUUAUAGAAGGCUUGUACAAAGUGGAAUUUGACACUAGCGUGUACUGGAAGGAACUUGGCAUUUCCCCAUUUCAUGAGUAUGCUGAUGUGGUUUUUACUGCUAAUGAUUCUGGUCAUCGUCAUUACACUAUUGCAGCUCUUCUUAGUCCUUUUUCUUAUUCAACUACAGCUGUUGUCAGUGACCCAAAGGAAUAAGACCAUGCAUAAUUCAUUCAAAAUUCUAUUACACUAUUGUAGCAAUGUUUUAAAGGAGGUAGUUAAUUUGCACUAUCAAUGGCUUGUUUCCUGCAAUGGCAUGUAACUGCUACUGCUUAGCU